ACCACCCGGGCCCGGCUGGGGGCGGGGCUUGGCCGGGGGCGGGGCGGUUGCCAUGGGGACGGGACGCACACGAUGCUGGCAGCACCAUGGCCCGGAUGAAGGUCAGCGCCGGCCACCGCGGCCCCCCGCGCCUGAAGGAGCGAGAGCCGAGAGCUUGCAUCCGAUUCAAAUGCGCGCUCACAAACACCAUCUUAGACGUUCUUCGCCAGAGACCUGGAUGGGUUGAAGUGAAAGACGAGGGGGAGUGGGAUUUUUACUGGUGUGAUGUUAGCUGGCUUCGGGAGAAUUUUGACCAUACCUACAUGGAUGAACACGUUCGUAUCUGCCACUUCCGCAACCACUAUGAGCUGACGCGGAAGAACUACAUCGUGAAGAACCUGAAGAGGUUUCGGAAGCAGUUAGAGAGGGAAGCGGGGAAGCUGGAGGCAACAAAAUGUGACUUUUUCCCUAAGACCUUUGAAAUGCCGUCGGAAUACCACCUGUUUGUGGAGGAGUUUCGCAAGUAUCCCGGCAUCACCUGGAUUAUGAAACCGGUUGGCAGGUCCCAAGGGAGAGGGAUUUUUCUGUUCCGAAAGCUCAAGGAUAUCAUUGACUGGAGAAAGGAUGGGGUCCGUGCAGAUGACCAGAAGGAUGAAACCCAAGUAGAAAAUUAUGUAGCUCAGCGCUAUAUUGAAAACCCCUAUUUAAUAGGAGGUCGGAAGUUUGACUUGAGAGUUUAUGUUCUCGUGAUGUCUUAUAUCCCACUGAAGGUCUGGUUGUAUCGAGAUGGCUUUGCUCGCUUCUCCAACACCCGGUUUACUCUGAACAGCAUAGAUGAUCACUAUGUUCAUCUCACAAACGUAGCAGUGCAAAAGACUGCGCCUGACUACGAUCCGGAGAAGGGCUGCAAGUGGAUGAUCCAGCGGUUCAGACGGUACCUGACUGCGAAGCACGGGGCAGAAGCGGUGGAGGUUCUCUUUGCGGAUAUGGACAACAUUUUCAUCAAGAGCCUUCAGAGCGUUCAGAAAACCAUCAUCAGCGACAAGCACUGCUUUGAGCUGUAUGGAUAUGACAUCCUGAUCGACCAGAACCUCAAGCCCUGGCUUCUCGAGGUUAAUGCGUCUCCAUCCCUCACUGCCAGCAGUCAGGAGGACUAUGAGCUCAAGUGUCGGCUUCUCAAGGACACGCUGCACAUUGUGGACAUGGAGGGCAGGCUGACAGGGAAGGAGAAACGUGUUGGGGGUUUUGACCUCAUGUGGAAUGAUGGUCCCGUCAGUCGAGUGGAGGGGAAUGCAGAUACCCCAGUGAAUGCAAGCUUUCUCACCAACACACAUUUAGGCUACAACAAUGACAGGAAAAAACAGCUGAAGCAGCUUUUCAAAAGUCUUCAGACACAGCAGAAACUUUAAAGCACUGGAUGAGAGAAACCACUGAGGAGAGCACUCCCUCUCUUCCUCUUGUUGAAGAGCAGCACUUCUCAUUUGUCUCUGGACCAGGGACAGUUUUGCUGCCUCAGCACAGGACUAAUGUCCACUUCUUGGUUCCCUAGGAUUUCCCCUACAUGGGAGAUGCAGCAGUUAAACAAACCAUUCGUAUCUGUAAGCCAGAAUAACAAUAGAAGUGGGCUGGCUUGUAACCAGACGUGUAACUGCAGCAGGUCAAGGUCCUGUUCCAUUGUGGCUGAUCGGUUCUUCCUUAAGGAAUGAAUCUGUUUUGUUCCACACUGGAGGCUGUAGCAACACUUGGGCUCAACUGACAGCACGAGCAUAAAGGAAACACCUUAUUCCAGCCAUUAAAUGUAGCUAUAGAGUAAGGCCAUACUGAGGGCUAGUUUGUGGGAUGCUGCAGACCACAUCCACUCCUUCUCAGUCACUUCAGCUCUGCAUACCUUAAAUAAAAUGUUUAAUAAUG